CUCUCUCUGUGUGUCUCUGCUGUUCUGCGGCGCAGGUUUGAGGAGCACCGCAAGUUUGCUAUGGUCUGACGGCUAGUGGGAUGCGUAUCGUGGAUGUAUUAUAUUCUUGCUGUAUGAAUGUGAGGCUGUAAUGUGAGAUUUGUCUUAAUAACAGACAGGAGAUUCUGCACAGAUCUUUCCUGCACUGCUUCUCAAUCUGACUGCCCACGUGAGGACACAAAGUAGGCGCAAAUCUCUACUUGACAUGGAGAUGGUCGAUGUUUGGUGGAACAUGAGGCUGGAUGUCUUAUUGGGUCGUUGACUGUUCAAACUGCAGGGCGUUGGAUGCGUACUCAACUCAACUGAACAUCCACUGCCAUUGAUCUCCAGGAUGACUGUGGUGGUUGCUGGAGAUAACAUGGAUGAAACAUCCUCCACUCUGCAGGGGCAUCCGCAGGACUCGCAGUAUUCCCCCGAGUGCUGCGAGCGAGUUGUUAUCAACAUCUCAGGGCUGCGCUUUGAGACACAACUCAAGACGCUCGCCCAGUUCCCUGACACACUACUGGGCAACCCCAAGAAAAGGAUGCGCUACUUUGACCCUUUAAGGAACGAAUACUUCUUUGACAGAAACCGUCCGAGCUUUGAUGCGAUCCUCUACUACUAUCAGUCAGGGGGAAGGUUAAGAAGACCCGUCAAUGUACCUUUGGAUAUGUUCUCAGAAGAAAUUAAGUUCUAUGAGCUUGGAGAAGAAGCCAUGGAAAAAUUUCGAGAGGAUGAGGGAUUUAUUCGUGAAGAAGAGCGUCCCCUGCCGGAGAAUGAGUUUCAGAGACAGGUUUGGCUGCUAUUCGAGUAUCCCGAGAGCUCAGGCCCUGCUAGAGGAAUCGCGAUAGUGUCCGUCAUGGUUAUUCUCAUUUCUAUUGUGAUAUUUUGUUUGGAGACUUUACCAGAGUUGAAAGAAGAUCCACACGGACGGCUCCAGGUGAUAGGCAACAGCACAUUCUACUUCAAACACAAUAUUCUUACCGACCCGUUUUUUGUUGUGGAGACACUUUGCAUCAUCUGGUUCACUUUUGAGUUGAUUGUCCGUUUUUUCGCUUGCCCAAGUAAACCAGCCUUCUUCAAAAACAUGAUGAACACGAUCGAUAUGGUUUCAAUCAUUCCAUAUUUCAUAACACUUGGAACAGAGAUGGCGGAGGACUCCGAGGGUGGAAAGGAGGCAAAGGGUGGAGGAGAGCAGGCCACAUCUCUGGCCAUUCUCAGGGUUAUCCGCUUGGUCAGGGUGUUUCGGAUAUUUAAGCUGUCCAGACACUCCAAGGGGCUUCAGAUCUUGGGCCAGACUUUGAAAGCCAGCAUGCGCGAGCUGGGUCUUCUCAUCUUUUUUCUUUUCAUCGGAGUCAUCUUGUUUUCCAGUGCAGUGUAUUUCGCUGAGGCUGAUGAAAAGGUUUCGUUCUUCACAAGUAUCCCAGACGCCUUCUGGUGGGCGGUUGUUUCGAUGACGACCGUGGGUUAUGGAGACAUGUACCCCGUUACUAUCGGGGGCAAGAUAGUAGGCUCUCUAUGUGCCAUUGCCGGAGUGCUAACAAUUGCACUUCCAGUGCCUGUGAUUGUGUCCAACUUUAACUAUUUCUAUCACAGAGAAACCGAAGGUGAUGAACAGGCACAGCUCCUCAAGGUGAGCGAUCCGAACAUCGCGUCCGAUUCUAACUCCAGUCGUCGCAGCUCGUCUGUCGUCAGCAAGUCAGAAUACAUGGAGAUCGAUGACGACCUCAAUAACAGCAUCGAUAAUUUUCGCGAGGCAAACCUGCGAACUGGGAACUGCACAGUUGCGAAUCAGAAUUGUGUAAAUAUGGGGAAGCGUCUCACAGAUGUAUAGAUUUCCAACAUGGUUCUAGGCCAUUAUAGGAUGCCCAGACUGUAAAUACAGUAUAGUCUAUUCAUAUAUAAGAGUGCUUUAACAGGGCCUCUGAUAAUGUGCUAUUUCAUUGCAUUUAUUUUAUCUCAAGUCCGCGAGAGUUGCUUUUAUUCUGUCUGAAGAAUGGUGGUCUAAAAUCUGCCUAUGGAUACCAAAUAUUAAGUAAUUAAAAGUCAGAAUAACUACUAUAUGUACUUGGGAAGGUUAGAAUAGUUGCAUAAAUAAAUAAAAUUUACAUUUUGCAAUGCACCUUAUCGCAUAAUAAUAUCUGUUAUUCAGUGACUUUGAAAAAUUAAGAUCAGCAUGAAGAACUAAUACUUUUUUGUACCAUUGUGUUGACUAUUUAUUUAUUUACUUGUUUAUUUGCUCACUGUAGGCUAUUGUAAACCAUAUACAAACUGAAUGUUGAUCAGCUAUGCAGAUCAUGGCAUGUUUUAUGAAACGCUGAGGUCUGUUUGAUAGGGUACUAUGUAUCCUGCUUUAAUCAAUACACGACGUCAAUAUGAACUUUAUCACAUACAGCCAAGCCGACAGUAUAACUGAAUUACGACCACUACCCAAUAAAAGCACAACUUUCUUUAUCAUCUUUAAAAAACAAAUCAGUUCCAGGCAGUAUUACAUUUUAAAGGUAUGACUUCAUUUGUGAAAUCUUUUUAAAUGUACAUAUUCAAUUCUACGCUUAAUUAAUCAUAAGAUCUAUUUAUCUAUAUUAAAUAACUGUAAUUAUUAUAUUUAAUUAUAUGUUAUGCUUAAUACAUUUAAUUGCAUAUUUAAUAAUUAUUAUUUAAAUGAAUAAUUUAAUAGUGCCUUCAGUCCUCUAACUGGCACAGAGUGUCUCAACAUGCAAUAGUUACUGUAAAACAUUUGCAUAUUUAAUCACACAUUAUGCGCUGAGGGAUAUUCCAGAGCCACUGGGAAUGAAUUUCAGGAAACUUUCUUGUACAUACAAUAGAAGUUCAUCUCGCUGGAUCAGGCAUUGCUUUAAAAGAAAUGUGAACAUGCAGUGUGUGUGUGUGUGUGUUUUGGAACAUCUUUAUGUAUUCUUUUGUAAUAGUGUUUUUUUCAUUGGUUGAUUUGGAUCUACCUCAGUGUGGUCAUGCAUAGUAUCGUUGUGAAUUCAAACUUCAUAUCCUGUCAAAUUAUGUGGUGAGUGUGGGAGGGGAUUUGGGGAGUGUCUGAUGGGGGAGUGAGUAUGCAAUGAAGGUGAAACACCUUAUUUCAAAAUAAAAUUCUAUAAAACUAUGAAAAAAUAAAAGUCCAGAAAGUGAUGCUAAGCACAAGCGCUAAUAGUACUAUAUAAUAUGCACAAGUCUGCAUCAGGGACUGUAAUUGGUAGAAACUGUCAUUACGUUUAAUAACCGUAACAAUGUGAGUUUGAGAUCUAAAAAGAAUACCUUUAAUUUGAGUGUAAAUGUUGUCUAUCAGAAACCUAAUGCACUUUAAUGAGAAUUUAUGUAUUUAUAGGUUUUGCAACAAGAAUGACUAAAAGAAUGAAAGGUAAAAUAAAGAAUACAUUUAAAAAAUUGUUGAUUUGUCCAUGUUAAGGAUGUGUGUGUAUUUGCAGGACAGCAUCUUAACCAGCAUAGAUGUUUUUCAACCCUUUAAUUCGUUCUUUGGGGCGUUUAUAAUAUUCACUUAAAUAAUAAACAUCACAACUGUGGUGCUUUGCCAGCAAAAUAAAUAGAUAAAUUAAAAAGAGAUUUAAAAAAAAUAAACCAUCUUUAAGGAAAUAUAUUUUUACAAUGUGUUUAUACAGUUCUGUAUAAAAGAAAUACAUGCCAGAGUGAUGUUUAUUUAUUAGAUUGUGGAUGUCUACAGUUUGAGAAACACUUUUAUGUGAAACGAAUAGAAUACAAUAAAAACAGUGGACCAAAUAUAGUUGUAAAGGUAAUUUAUGUAUGUUAUAAAGAUGAAAAUAAACAUUUUAGUGCUAAAAUAAUCAAUAAAUUGUUACAGUAAAUCAAAUUCUAUAUAACUGAGAAACAGACUGGAAUGAAAUAGUAACAAUAUAACCAGACAUU